AUGCAAAAUGCCCCUCCUCAGCCAGAAAAUCAGUCCUGGACUGCUCGAUCUCUGCUCAGACAUGCUCAGCACUCUCACCGGCGGAUCCCUGGUCUCAAACACAUUCCACUGCGCGCUCUGGGUAUCAUCCUGCUGGUUGCGCUGGUGAAUAUCCUCGUCUGGAUCGCAGCUGCGGUUGUCUUGGCCAUCGACUUGAUGACUCGAAGGCUAAUGGCUACCGGUCAGCAACCAGUUACCGUGGGAACCUUUUUCUCCCUGGGUCAUUCCACUAUCGUCAUCAUCACAUCUAUUGUCGUCGCAGCUACAGCGGCGGCAGUGUCUUCCCGCUUCGGCAGCUUCAGUACCAUCGGGGGAAUUAUCGGCAGCUCAGUGAGCGCCGUGUUCCUCAUCCUGCUCGGCUGUAUGAACGCGUACAUCCUGUACAAGCUCGUCAAACAAAUGAAAAAGGUCCUGGAUUUGCCAGAAGAAAAUGCAGAUGAGGCGUGGAAGAUCGAAGGCGGUGGCCUUCUCUUCUCCAUCCUGAAGAGAAUGUUCAAACUGAUUGAUCGACCGUGGAAGAUGUACCCGCUCGGGGUUCUUUUUGGUCUGGGUUUCGAUACCUCUUCUGAAAUUGCCUUGUUGGGAAUCUCUUCAAUCGAAGCUGCCAAGGGAACCAGCUUCUGGGCGAUUCUGAUCUUCCCGAUCCUGUUCACGGCUGGAAUGUGUCUUCUCGAUACGACAGACGGGGCUCUGAUGUUCUCCCUGUACAUCCAACCCGGAGCAAACUUCCUUCCCCUCGAGAAACUCGACAGCGUUGUAUCUACGCCGGCAACAAAUCAAGAUAAUCAUAUCGCCACCAUAGAUCAAGAUAAUGGUGCUGCUGCUACAUCUCGCAACCAUCGAGACCCGAUUGCAUUCCUUUACUACUCCAUCGUCCUGACAACACUGACCGUCAUCGUGGCCAUCAUUAUCGGGACGAUACAGCUCCUCACGAUGAUCGACAGCGUAGCCCAGCCAACAGGGAAGUUCUGGGACGGGGUUGAGACGGCAGGAGACUACUACGACGUGAUCGGCGGCGGCAUCUGCGGGUGCUUCGUUGUCUUCGGUACCGCGAGUGUGGUCGUGUAUAAGCCGUGGAGAAGAUGGAUUGCCAGGCGAUACGGCCAAAAACAGACUGCAGAUGAAGAACAUCCCCCAGAUGACUCUCUACAGGGCCAGGCAGGGGACUGGCAAAGAUGGCGAGAACAUUACUACUACGGCGGAAUCGGUCCAACCGGUACAGCCCGGUGUCUGAAAACCUUGCCUCCAAUAUUCAUUCUCUCGACACAUUUAACGCUAGAGGAGCUGCAUGGGUGGGAAGAGAAGCUGGUGGAACACGGCGCUCGGCUGACCUACGACAUCACCGAGGCGAGGCUCAUCCUUGGAAGCGUCAGUCAGAAGAAGAGAGCAGCGCUGGAACUGCGUUCGCGGGGAAUAUGGACCCAGGAGAUCGUCAUUCCCUUGGAACAGGCUGGUGCAGAGCCGCCCGUGAAACGCAGACGCGUUCAACAGACUCCCAUCGCGGAGUCGGAAGUGAUCGACCUUAGCACCGAUUCGGAAGGGGCUGACGAUGGGCUGAAGAGACGUCCAGCAGAGCCAAGGGUACAGUCUAGGUCUUCAGUGGGUAUACCAGGCUCAAUACUGCUAGUGGCUACAGAGAUGAAGGAUACAGUCAUUGUUGCUAGACUCGAGUGGCUGGAGAGAUGUCUGCAAUCCGAGACGCUUCUCGCGCUAGAUCCGUUUGUGGUCUAUCAAGCUCGCAUCACGACCCGUCCUGCAGAGAGAAAUCCGCCAAAGCUCCCUGGCAAGGAUGCUGAUGCUCACAAGGUCAUGCAGCGUGCCAAACAAGAUAUGGCAAUGAAUCCUCCGGUCUCGCGGCCACGUCACGGCCCUGGUGGUGACGCCAGCCGACGUGUUCCCCCGAAACUCCACCGAGAGACCACCUCCGAGCACGAGGAGACGAUCCCCAUCCCCCCAGCGCCGGACUGGGUCAAGAACCACGUCUUGUAUGCAUGCAUGCGCUCUGCACCCUUGCACCCUCCGAACGAGAAGUUCAUUGACCAGCUGAUCCGGAUCCGCACCGCAAGAGCCCUGGCCCUCGACGAGAUCGGCGUGCGCGCUUACAGCACCUCCAUCGCCAGCAUCGCGGCGUACCCGUACGAGGUCCGCACGCCCGCCGAGAUUCUCGCCCUGCCCGGCUGUGACGUCAAGAUCGCACAUCUUUUCUCCGAGUUCAAGCACAGUCCCACGGGCACGCUGGCCGCAGCCCAGGCGCUCGACACCGACCCGACCCUCCGCAUCCUACACACCUUCUACCAGAUCUGGGGCGUCGGCGCCAAAACAGCCCGCGACUUCUACUACGCGCGCCACUGGCGGGACCUAGACGACGUCGUCGCGCACGGCUGGGCCAGUCUGUCGCGCGUACAGCAGAUCGGAGUGAAAUACUACGACGAGUUCCAGGCGGGGAUCCCCCGCGUAGAAGUCGAGCGUAUCGCGCAGAUCAUCUUGCGCCACGCGCAAGCCGUCCGUCCUGAAUCCCGCUACGAUGGCCGCGGCAUCGACGCCGUCCUCGUGGGCGGGUACCGGCGCGGCAAGGAGCUCUGCGGUGACGUCGAUCUCGUCCUCUCCCAUCGCGACGAAGCCGUCACAAGAGACCUCGUCGUGGACGUCGUGGCUAGUCUCGAGGCAGAGGGGUGGAUCACCCACACGCUCGCCCUGCAUUUGACCACCUCGCAUCGCGACCAGCAGACGCUCCCCUUCCGCGGUGACGAUGGCGGUAAACCCCAUUUCGAUACCCUUGACAAAGCCCUAGUUGUCUGGCAAGAUCCACAUUAUAAUCAGGGAGAAGAAGAAGAACAGCAACAAGAACAACGAAGAAAAAACCCAAACCCCCACCGCCGCGUCGACAUCAUCAUCUCCCCCUGGCGGACAGUAGGGUGUGCCGUGCUCGGCUGGUCCGGCGACACGACCUUUGAGCGCGAUCUACGCCGGUACGCGAAGAAAAGACACGGCUGGAAAUUCGACUCGAGCGGGGUGCGCGAGCGCACGAGCGGCGGCCGGGUGCUGGAUCUCGAGCGUGCUGGACGAACCUGGGAGGAGAGGGAACGUCUCGUCAUGGAGGGAUUAGGUGUUGGAUGGCGCCCGGCCACGGAGAGAUGUACUCGAUGA